UUCUUGAAAAACAGAGGCGGGGGAGAGAAUGGCAGCGGCGAUAGCGGUGGCAACUAAGGCUUUCUCUUCUCUCGGCGUCGAAUCUCGAGGGGGCAAUAAAUUUCAGUGCCGGUUCCAUGAAUUCGAAGUCAUGCAGCGGAAAUCCCGGCCGAGGAUGCGAUUCUUUCUCCCUUCCCCUUCUUGCCCUCCCAGAGCCCUCCACGACGACCGUAACGCCCGGGCGGAGGCGGCGGAGACGGAAAAGUCGCCGUCGGCGACGCCGGAGGGGGACGACGACUCGUCCUACUCGGUCCUCAGUUGUAUGACGAGCCAGCACAACAAUAUCGUGGUUGUAGACACUCCCAAAUCGAGGUUUCUUCUUCUCGACUCCUCCCAUAAUAUCCAUAGCAUGCUUAACAAGGAUCAAAUAUGGACUGGUUCAUAUUGGGAUGAGUUUGCAAGUCUUCCUGCUAUUGUUCCGCAAGGUCCCAUAGCAAUCCUAGGUUUGGGAGGUGGCACAGCAGCACACUUGUUGCUUAAAUUAUGGCCUUCAUUGCAUCUUGAAGGUUGGGAGAUUGAUGAGAUACUGAUCGACAUGGCAAGAGAGUAUUUUGGUCUAUCUGAACUAGAGAAGUCAACACAAGCUGGUGGUUCACUUUCUGUUCACAUUGGUGAUGCGCUUUCUGAAUCUGCUACAGUUCAAGGAGGGUUUGCAGGCAUUAUCGUGGAUUUGUUUUCUGAUGGAAAGAUUUUACCACAAUUGAAAGAGGUUGACACUUGGUUCGAAAUUGAAAGAAAGCUGAUGCCCCAUGGUCGAAUUAUGGUGAAUUGUGGUGGGGUUCAUUCUGAACUAUCUGGCAGUGGAGAUAAAACGGCAGAAAUGAUUUUAUCGACUGAUUCCUGGGUGAAAAAUUCUACAAUUAAGGCACUAUGCAAGGCAUUUCCAGGAAAGAAACAUGUGGCUGCAUUGCUUCCAGCAAUCUGUCACCAUUGCUAAAACACUUUCAGAGGAAUCCUAUUAUUGAGAAAUCAUGGACUAACACCACUAAAGGACAAGCACUUACCAGGUACAACCAUUACAAAAAAAGUAAUCCCUAUGAACUCCAAGACAUUGUGAAUCUUGCGCUCACCGUCCAGUCUGCUUUUGGGCAUACUACAAGAUAUCCAAUGUCAUACACUGUUCCUUUUUAGAUAUUGGGGAAAAUGCUGUAAAAUAUUUUUAUGCUCAUUGUUCGUUCCAAAAAUCUAAAUGUGAUGGUCAAAAUUGAUUUUUUAUUAUGCUGUCAAAUAAAUAUUGUUGCAUCUUUUCUUUAGAUUUGAUUUAUCGAAACAUGUUGCUGUUGAGCUACUGGAUAUAAAAGUAACAACAUUGUCAAGCCAGGCACCUGUAAGGAUCCAUAUAAGAAAAAUAGAUGAUAUAACUUGUCUUUUUCAUGCUUGAAGGCUAAAAAAAAAAUAUUGCUUGAACAGCUGACUAGUUCACUAAUUCACAUUGCAUGGAAUCCUCAUGGGAACACACUGUAUGGCACAAGAUCUCAUUUUAUAAAUGCUGGAACAGAAAUUGUAUGCAGUAUUUUUAAGAGUGGCUUGCAGAAAUCUGAAAAGGGUGGAUAACUUGUGUUCAAAAUGAUCUUACAAGAUGAAUGAAAGAUAAAUUGCCCUUGUAAACAAAUGGGUAUCCUCCUCAAUAGUUACACAUGAAGAAUUACUGGGACAAAUGGUCACAUGAUAGUGUAUAUAAUUUUGUUUUAGCUAUUUAGAAAGUGCAGAAGAGAAUGGCGAAGUAUAUUCUUGAGUUCCUUAAACAAAGUAUUAUGCGUGUCAACUAGGUAUGCGAACUGUUGAAAUAUGUGGAUAAAGUAAAAUCACUAUGAUUUAGCUUUCAUGCGAUUAGAGUUUGGUAAAUUGAUGAUUCAAAUGGUGGAACAAAAAUCACGAAUUUAAGGAGGAUCACUUCAAUUUGAUCAGAUGUUUGGUGUAGCUUCUUAGACUGGUCUAUCCUUGGUGUCUUGAAUGAUUACAAUGCAGCACCACCUUCCUAAUCCCUCUUGAUAUUUGGCACAAAAGAAUGAACCAGUCACUCAGGUCAGAUUUCAGAUCUAUUAGACUAUUUCUAUGUCCAUUCUGCAUGAACACAUCAUAACCUUGUCAUAUGUACAGAUAGUGGUUAUGUAAGCCCUCAAAUGAAUCAAACAGUUCGUCCUUACAAAGCACCAGACAUGUAGCUUUAAUCUAUUUACUUUGUACUCGAGUCAUAAUGUAGGAAAAUAGUAAAUCGAGAACCUUGGAACCAAAAAAACUGAUGUUAUCAAACUGGUCCCUUGGUAUUACAAUUUACUACCUGUCACAACAACCAAUCAACCCAUUCUGAUUAUUGGCAUAUCCAUCCACCUACUCCAUCUACCGCUAAUAUCCUUUUUAGAAUUAGUAUAUCUAUAUUUUUUAUUUUUUUCCCAUCUUUUCAUUUCAAGUUUCAUGUUCUUCUCCUUGUUGUUGAGUGCAACAAAACUAGAGUUAGAUAAAUUGUCUUGUGGAGAAAGCUGGAUAUGAAGCUGUGGCUUGUAAACUAGCUGUACAUGUUGAUUGUUGUUUCUAUAAUCAUCCCUUCUGAUCGUGUUUGUGCAUUUAUUAUUGGCAUGCAAGG